CCGCCGCCUGGAGCUCGGGCUGCCUGCGGGGCUGCGGCCGCAGGAAGGAAGGAAGGGACUUCUGUCGCCCCGCGCCGACGCCCGGCCAGCCCGCUUCGCUCGGACGCCUUUCCCCAUGAGUGUCUGCAGUUCGGCUGCCAAGGGACGUCGCCCCAGCAUCCGGAUUUAACACGGAAGCCCGGGGCCGGGGCCGCGGGGGGAGGAGGAGGAGGAGGGAGAAAAGCCGGUAGGUCCCGCGUCCCUGUCGGCCCGGUGCCGUGGCCUCGGCCGGAGCCAUGACCUCCCUGACGCAGCGCAGUUCGGGCCUGGUGCAGCGGCGCACCGAGGCCUCCCGCAACGCCGCCGACAAGGAGCGGGCGGCGGGGGGCGGCGGCAGCAGCGGCGAAGACGACGCGCAGAGUCGCCGCGACGAACAGGACGACGACGACAAGGGCGAUUCCAAGGAAACGCGGCUGACUCUGAUGGAGGAGGUGCUCCUGCUGGGCCUCAAGGACCGAGAGGGUUAUACAUCAUUUUGGAAUGACUGUAUAUCAUCUGGAUUACGUGGCUGUAUGUUAAUUGAAUUAGCAUUAAGAGGAAGGUUACAACUAGAGGCUUGUGGAAUGAGACGUAAAAGUCUAUUAACAAGAAAGGUGAUCUGUAAGUCCGAUGCCCCAACGGGGGAUGUCCUUCUUGAUGAAGCCCUAAAGCAUGUUAAGGAGACUCAGCCUCCAGAAACAGUCCAGAACUGGAUUGAAUUACUUAGUGGUGAAACAUGGAAUCCAUUAAAACUUCAUUAUCAGUUAAGAAAUGUGCGGGAACGAUUAGCUAAAAACCUGGUAGAAAAGGGCGUGUUGACCACCGAGAAGCAGAACUUCCUCCUCUUUGACAUGACGACGCACCCCCUCACCAACAACAACAUUAAGCAGCGCCUCAUCAAGAAGGUCCAGGAGGCCGUCCUCGACAAGUGGGUGAACGACCCUCACCGCAUGGACAAGCGCCUGCUGGCCCUCAUUUACCUGGCUCACGCCUCGGACGUGCUGGAGAACGCAUUCGCCCCCCUUCUGGACGAGCAGUACGACUUAGCCACCAAGAGGGUGCGGCAGCUCCUCGACUUGGACCCCGAGGUGGAGUGUCUGAAGGCCAGCACCAGCGAGGUCCUGUGGGCGGUGGUGGCGGCCUUUACCAAGUAGCCCCGCCCCGAGGGGCGUGUCCUCCUGUCUCUCUCCGCCGACUGCUUCUGUUCCACGGACUUCUAGUUUUCUGCAAUUUGUACUCCCCUACACUAACAUUGGCUUUUGUUUUAUAAAAUAAUAGGAAGUUAUUUUUUUUUAAUGUACACAGGAUUCUGCUGGUACGAGAGGCCUUCCUCUUUCUGUUUGAAAAGUUUUACUGCCAUAUUGGCAUUCCAUUCUCACCAUUACCUAUUUUGAGUUUCUGGUGUGCUUUGACUCUCAGAGUCCCUCCGGUCUGGUCACACGUGCACCUUUGGGUUACCUCCGGUUGAGUUUUUCCCAUAGGCAUGUGCACAUCUCACAGUCUGCCUGCAGUUCACACAGAAAUCACAAAAAGGCCUUUAAUUUACCAAAGGUGAAAAACUGUAUGAGGACAUUUUAUGCAUAGACCUCAGUUGAGAUGUAUACUUAGUAAAAUUAUUUUUAAAAUUUAAACAACAUACAAAAUGCCCCUUGAAUUUUGCUUUCCAUGAAAAUCUGUUAUGCUAUUUGUUAGUUUUAAUUAUGAAAUCAUACAGGUCCAGUUGUUUCACAAAGCCAGUUUGGGAUGAGCUACAUUCCAGGUAUGCUGUAGAUAGUUUGAAUUAUAUAUAAAUUACCCCUUCUUCUGGCCUCCGUCUUAGCAUUUUGCAAGAUUUAAUCAGUUUUACACCUGGUGCCCCUCACUUCAGUUACUAUUAUUUGAGGGCAAAAUAGACCUCUCAUCAUUGAAGGAGAAAGAGGUGUGUCUGAUUGGUCCGGAGGUUCCUUGAGCUGUGCCAUUCAUGACACUCUUUUUGCAGUUUUUUUGCUCUGUUUUAUCAUUUCUGUAGGGAAGAGGCUUGUGACCAGUACUAAUCUUGAGUACAGUAUUUUUGUUUGUUGAUCACAAGUAAAUUAAUGUCUUCUCUUAAAUCUCACUUGUCCACUUUCUUGAAAGAAAAAAUCAAAUCUCACUUAUAGCAGACACUGCAUGUAAAUUGUUAGCAAGUAAAGACCAAGGUCAGAUGAUGAAGAGUUUUAUAGUAGAAAGCUCUGCUGCAUUUUAAUUUUUAUAUACAAUUAUGACGAUUAGCACAUUGUAAGAAUAUAAACUUUUGAUUUUUAAAGUUUAUUUUUACUAUUUCUUUAUUACUUUAUUAUAUACCACAAUUCGUUUCAUAAUGUAAAUACUAUAUAGUGAACAAAUUAAAUGUCAAAUUUUUUAUUAUCAUAGUUCAUGUCAGUAGUGGGGCUUUCUUCAGGUAUGUAGAGAUUUUUUUUUUUUUUGGUUAAAAUUCAAUGCAAAAGUACUAGAUUGUGAAUAACUUCAGAUUUGAAUUUUAAGGUAUUCCCUAAUAUGUAUACUAUGUUUUUAUCUGAAGUAAUAAAUAAACUGUCAUCUUGAAAGUG